AUGGCAUCACUGCUGUGCAAUGCCCGCAUCCAGCUCACAGACACGCUGGAGCAGAUGCAGCAAGGGACACUGAUGCGCAAAGUCAAGUCCAAAAGCUGGAAGAAGCAGCGUUAUUUCAAGCUGCAGGAUGACUGCAUGACCAUCUGGUACCAGUCCAAGAGGACAGGCAAAACUGAGUCUGCCUUCUCCAUCAGUGAUGUGGAGACGGUGCGGGAAGGGCACCAGUCAGAGGUGCUGCAGAGCCUGGCCGAGGAGUUCCCCCCUGAGCGCUGCUUCACCAUCGUCUUCUAUGGCCGCCGGGGCAACCUGGACCUCAUUGCUGGCUCGGCAGAGGAGGCGCAAUGCUGGGUCCAGGGCCUGCGCCAGCUCAUCGAAGUGGCCACCAGCAUGGACCAAAGGGAGAAGAUAGACCAGUGGAUUCGCGACUGGUUCCAGAAAGCUGACAAGAAUAAAGAUGGGCGCAUGAACUUCAAGGAGGUGCAGCGUCUCCUCAAGAUGAUGAAUGUGGACAUGAAUGAGGACCAUGCCCUGCGGCUCUUUCAGGCUGCUGACAAGUCGGAGUCAGGGACGCUGGAAGGGGAGGAGUUUGUGCUCUUCUACAAGGCCCUCACACAGCGUGAGGAGGUGCUGAGCCUCUUCCAGGACUUCUCUGAGGAUGGCAAGAAGCUGACACUACUGGAGCUGGUGGAUUUCCUGCGGCAGGAGCAGCUGGAGGACGAGGGCACAGAGGAACUGGCCAUGGAGCUCAUCGACAAGUAUGAACCUUCAGAGACAGCCCGGGCUCGCCAUGUGCUGAGUGCUGACGGGUUCCUCAUGUACCUCUGCUCCCCGGAGGGCUCCAUCUUCAACCCCCGGCACCGGGUGCUGUGGCAGGACAUGAGCCAGCCGCUCUGCCACUACUUCAUCUCCUCCUCCCACAACACCUACCUGAUAGAGGACCAGAUCCGAGGCCAGAGCAGCAUCGAGGGCUACAUCAGGGCUCUGAAACGGGGCUGCCGGUGCCUGGAGGUGGAUUGCUGGGACGGGCCGAACGGGGAGCCCAUAGUGUACCACGGCCACACCUUCACCUCCAAGAUCCCCUUCCGGGAGGUGGUGAGCACCCUGGGGAAGUACGCCUUCAAGACCUCGGACUACCCAGUGAUCCUGUCCCUGGAAAACCACUGCAGCAUGGAGCAGCAGGAGGUCCUGGCCCAGCAGCUCAAGUCCAUCCUGGGGGAACAGCUCCUCACCACCACCACUGACGGGCGUGUCCCCACCCAGCUCCCAUCCCCGGAGGAGCUGAAGCACAAGAUUCUGCUGAAAGGGAAGAAGAUCGGGCGGCUGGAGGACAUGCUGGACGGGACAGGGGACGAGGCGCCCGAUGUGUCUGAUGACGACAACGGGGCAGAGGCAGAGGAGGAGAGGAGGAGGGUGAAGAAGGACAAGGAGAGCCUGGCACAGGCGUUGUCUGACUGCGUUGUCUACUGCAAGAGCGUGUCCUUCCGGGGCUUCCAGGAGGCCCGCAGCCAUUCCCGGCCCUCUGAGAUCUCCUCCCUUGCUGAGGCCAAGGCCAGGAAGCUCAUCCGGGAUGCGGGGAAUGAGUUUGUCCGCCACAACGCCUGGCAGCUGACACGCAUCUACCCCAGCGGGAUGCGGACCGACUCCUCCAAUUACAGCCCCCAGGAGAUGUGGAACGUGGGGUGCCAGAUUGUGGCCCUGAACUUCCAGACAGCUGGCACGGAGAUGGACCUGUGUGACGGGCUCUUCAGCCAGAACGGCCGCUGUGGCUAUGUGCUCAAACCACCCUUCAUGAGGGAUGAAGAGACUCUCUUCAACCCUAGUGACCCUGGCAGCCGCGAGGGCCCUUGCCCCAUCACCCUGACAAUCCAGGUGAUCAGUGGGCAGCAGCUGCCCAAAGUGGCCAACAGCAAGGACGGAGAUGUCAUUGACCCGCUGGUGCGUGUGGAGAUCCACGGGGUCCCCGCGGACCAGGCGCGCCAGGAAACCAAGUACAUCGAGAACAAUGGUGAGCCCCAGGGUGGUACCAGGGACGCUGCUUCACCCAGGCAGCGGCCCUGCCCUCCCAGCACCCGCUCUCGCUUCCCAGGGUUUAACCCCCACUGGGACGAGACGCUACAGUUCCAGCUCCACGUGCCCGAGCUGGCCCUCGUCCGCUUUGUGGUGGAGGAUUAUGACAAGACCUCCAGGAACGACUUCGUGGGCCAGUUCACCCUAGCUUUUGUCAACAUCAAACCGGGCUACCGCCACAUCCAUCUCCUCUCCAAGGACGGCACCAGCAUCCCACCCUCUUCGCUCUUUGUCCACAUCCGCAUCACGGAGCCGCCUGGUCCUGAGCAGGACUGA